GAUCUCGAGCCCAAUAAGCUUUCUAUUUAUUUGCAACAAUGUCUCUAGUGCCUUUCUGGGACGACUCCUGUUUUUUCCGUCCAUCAAGACUGUUGGACCAACAUUUUGGUGUAGCACUUGGACGAAAUGAUCUGCUUCAAAGUUUGGUCAAUCCAAGAAUGUUAAUUCAAUGUCCAGCAGGUUAUUUAAGAAAUUGGAGGAAUACGAUUCAAGAUUUGGGAUCAACAGUAAGUUACGACAAAGAUAAAUUUCAAGCCAAUAUAGACGUGCAGCAGUUUAAACCCGAUGAAGUCACAGUCAAAAUAACUGAUGACCGAACUAUCACUGUUGAGGGAAAACACGAAGAACAGCAAGAUGAACAUGGAUAUAUUUCUAGACAUUUUAUAAGAAAGUAUGUGCUUCCCUCAAAUUGUGAUGUGAACCAAGUGCAGUCUCAUUUGUCUUCGGAUGGAGUUUUAACGAUCGUAGCUCCGAAAGCCGUCGAAGGAAAAAAGACUGAGGAAAGGGCAAUCCCUGUUACUCAAACUGGACAACCCGCGAAAUUGGAAGAGAAAAAGGAAUCAUAAUUAUCUAUUUUUUUGUAUGUUGUUAUUUACGUUUGUGUACAUUUUGUAUUAUGCUAAUUAGUAACAAAUAAAUCAAAUGUUUCAACAA